UAGAAAACGGUUACACAAUCCGCGCCCAAAUUUACAUGAUAGCAAUGACCCCCCAUCAUACAACAACAACUACUGCUAAUAUUAGUUAUCUUUUGAACUAAGGUUUAUACUUACUAUCAUAAUAAUCAAACAAAUUAAACAAAAAUGGAAACAAUUUGUUCCCAAAUAUCAUUAUCAAAUAAUACUUGUAUUAAUAUUAAUCUCCACCACAGAAACCUUAUCUUGUUUUUUCCACACACAAAUCCUUCCUUCAUUUCAUUUCCAAACCGUUUAUCUACCUUACGAUUCAAGGCUUACAGUAGUAGUAAUGGUAGUCAGGCGGACGGAGCUGCUUACGGCGGCGGUGGAGCGGAUUUGUUGAGAAAACCGGUGGUGGAAGUUAAAGAUGAGAAUAAUAAUAAUAAUGAGGAGGAGGAUGUAUCUGAAUAUGAAGAAGAGGAACAAAGAGGAGGAGAAGGGAAUAGUGAAGAUAGAUGGAUUGAUUGGGAGGAUCAAAUAUUGGAAGAUACAGUUCCUUUAGUUGGUUUUGUUAGGAUGAUUCUUCAUUCUGGCAAAUAUGCAAGUGGCGAGAGAUUAAGUCCUGAGCAUGAGCGAACUAUUCUAGAGAGGUUGUUGCCACAUCACCCAGAGAGCGAGAAGAAGAUCGGAUGCGGCGUUAGUUACAUCACGGUUGGUUACCAUCCAGAUUUUGAUAACUCAAGAUGUCUAUUCAUUGUGCGGAAGGAUGGAGAAAUGGUCGAUUUCUCAUAUUGGAAAUGCAUAAAAGGUUUGAUUAGGAAAAACUAUCCUUUAUAUGCCGACAGUUUUAUCCUUAGGCAUUUCCGACGACGCAGGCAUAAUGAUUAAAGGUGAAUCGGUUUGAACAAGUUUUUACCUGUAUUGCCUGCAAAUUACAGGAACCAUAGGGUGUUAUUUUGGUAUUAGAUUGCAUCAAGAUUAGCGUGAUUUUACUCUGAUAUCUCUGCUGUAUACAUAUGCAAAAUACAAUUAUGCAUAUCUUUCUAGUAAAUGUAAGUAUGAACUCUGACAUUCUUUGCAGUUGAAAAUUUAUUUCAUAUGGUCAAGCUUCUCAA